UCCCUCUGGGUCCACGAAAUGCAAGUUUUGAUUCCUCUGUUCUUUCACCCUCUUCUCACCCCUCCCUGCAGACAAGGAUGAUGACUUUGAAUACUAUGACUCCACGGAACAGGAGCAGGACCCCAGCCUCCAGCACCAUUCCUGGGAGCAAGUGAGCUUUAUUGAGACAUCUAUAGGUGACUUCUAUACCAUGCCAGGAGAACAGGAAAGGAUCCUCAAGAUUGCUCAGGAAACACAAAAGGCAAGACAGGGAAGUUGCCUGUAACGUUCCCUGAGUUAUCCCCCCGUACAAAGAAAGCAGAGCUUAUAUUUGACUGUCCCCGGUAUCAAUUACUCCUGGCAGCCUGGACUGCAGUGGGGAGGUUGAGCAUGGUGUAAGGAGCAGUGUGCAAGUGACUCUCAGCAGGCACCUGCUCCCUUGAAGCAAUAGCCACUCAGGGGUAUUGUAGAGUCUAACAGUGAUGGAUGGCUUUUCCACGGGAAAUACAGCACCGUGUUCCAAACAGAACAAUGCCGAAUACAGACACCUCCAGACUAAGCGCAUGAAAGCAGACAGCCAGAGGCAAUGCCAAAGAGACCCAUGCCUCUCUGACCCCUGUAAGAACGGUGGUAGGUGUGCAUCCAGUGGAAGGGACUUCAGCUGUGCCUGUCCCAAGCCAUAUGGUGGGACCACAUGUGAAAAAGUGGAGGACAUGUGCCUGGACAUGAACUGCCGCGUUGGUGACUGCCUGGUUCUAUUAAGCCCGCCUUAUUUUCGGUGCAGCUGUAAGCCUCCGUACAAGGGAUCAUUCUGCCAACGCUCAUCUAAGCAGUGCAGUCCCAACCCUUGCAAAAAUGGAGGUACCUGCAUACGGAACAGAAAGAGAUCAAAAUUCACCUGUGAGUGCCCUGAACCUUUCAGAGGGAGAUUCUGCGAGAUCGGACCAGAUGAUUGUUAUGAAGAGGACUCCUCUAACUACAGGGGAAGAGUGAAUCAAGCAGUAGAUGGCAGGACCUGCCUGAACUGGAAUUCCCAUCAUCUCUUGGACUUCCCUUUUAAUGCCUUUAUGGAGAAUGCUGACUUUUAUGGCAUUGGUGAUCAUAAUUUCUGCAGGAAUCCUGAUGAAGAUGAAAAACCCUGGUGCUAUGUCAGAAAAAAUAAGGAAGUAGAUUGGGAAUUCUGUGAUGUUUCACCCUGUUCAGAUGUAGAGCCAACAGACCCACCCGAAUCACAUGAAAUAUUCGAAACAUGUGGACAACCAGAAGUUCGUGGAACACUCAAGAGGAUCUAUGGUGGAUCCAAGGCUACAGCUGGCAAACACCCCUGGAUGGCAUCUGUGCAGACAAAGACUCCAGAUGGGAGUGAACAUUUCUGUGGUGGAGUGCUAAUUAAAUCAUGCUGGGUUCUUACUGCUGGGCACUGCUUUGAAAACGGGAAAGGAAAUAUCCAAGUAGCCCUUGGAAAGCAAAACCUCAAGAAGAAAGAGCAUCAUGAGCAAAGAUUUGAUGUGGAGAAAAUCAUUGUGCAUGACAAAUACAGUGAUAGAGGUGGCAUCCCAUACAAUGAUAUUGCACUACUUAAAUUGAAGCCAGUUGAUGGUUACUGUGCAGUGGAAACAAAAUAUGUGAAAACAGCCUGUCUCCCUAACUUCUUCUUUCCCACUGGGACUGACUGCUUCAUUUCUGGAUGGGGCGAGACAGAGACAGGUGAAUCAUCUGAUCAGCUGUUAGAUGCCAGGGUCAAGCUAAUUUCACAGAGGAAAUGCAAUGAACGUGAACUACAUAAUAACUCACUGGAUGAGAGCAUGUUUUGUGCAGGAAAACUUCGAAAACCCGGAAUUGACUCUUGUCAGGGGGACUCUGGAGGCCCAUUGACUUGUGCGGAAAACAGCUCCCACUACGUAUAUGGCCUUGUGAGCUGGGGUGAUGGCUGUGGGUUAAAAAACAAGCCAGGAGUUUAUACCCAGGUGACAACAUUUCUCAGUUGGAUUAAAUCUACAAUUCAGGCUGAGUCGAGGUUACGUCAUUAGGAGAGAAUGACAAACGGUAUGAAAAAGACUGAAGAACUAAUUGUGAUCUGAAUAUAUCCUGCUAAUCUAGAGCAAAUUCCCUGAUGUCUGCUAGAAGACCUGACCUUGGCUAGUCAGUGAUAACUCUCCUCCCACUGGACUUUGUCUUGUUCAUAUUUUUGUAUUCUCUUAGGUCAAUGGUGCCAAUAAUCCAGAAACAUAAAAUUCUCCAAAAAUUAUAAGUAUGGAAUAAGAUUCACACAAUUUAUUCAUUACAAAUUUUUUUGUAUUCUACCAUCCAUGGUACAAAGCUGAGCCUGCCAGUCACCUAGUACUAAUUUCAUUUACAGCUUCAAAUAAAUAGCAGAAUCUGUAAUACAUACAGUGAUAAAUCAUAAAGUAUCCACACAAAAUAAAAUUAUCACUUAUAAAUUGCAGCAUUUGGGUUGCAUUUUAAAACAAAAAGUUCUUAAAUGCCAUCUAUUGUGUCUUCCAGAAAACUGGAAAACCUACAGGAUUUUCAGGACAAGAUGAAAAUCUAUGUAUGUUAUGUCACGUUUCCAUUUACUUCUGAUACAGCUGCAUCUGCCUUCUCUUGAAUUGCAGAAUUUCUGAAGCAUCAGGGUUGACUGCGACUUGCUGAGAUCUUUCUGUCUCCAACUGGUCCUGUAAAAUCAUAUCCAAAUAGAUUGUGAAACCAGCCAGUGGACAGAAGAGGUCUUUAACUAUAAUUCUAUAAAAAUAUUUGCAUAUUAAAAAUUGCCACAACUGGCAAAUGAACAAAAUCUAAAUCACUGCUCUGCACUGAGCAAAUUUCUACAGUGGAGAAGUGCAAAAAGUGGAUCUGCUCAUGUAAGUUAGAUACCACACAUACCAAAGGACUAAAUGUGCUCCUAAUUUCUAAUUUGAGCCUAAAUAAAAAGCAAACCAGAAAACACCUGAGUUCCACAUGGACUGCACACCGGUAGGUUUCCCUUGGACUAUCAAAUCAUUAUCAUAUCCAGAACUUAAGAAGAUACUGCCUGUAGUUCCCUCGGCUUGCAUUACUCAACCAUAGUUUUCUUUUAUUUCUUGAGUAACUUUUCAGAUGGAAAUGCAAAUCAUGGAUAUCCACUGUUUCUCUUGAGCACGAUUAUUGUUUGACUUGUUUCCAAAGUUAAAAAUUAAAUGAAACAAGUAUUUGAAAUGCA